GCCCCCGCCGCCGCUCUCCUCCUCUCCUACGCAGCCACAGCGCGGCAGCACGCGGAGCCUUCCGGCACCGAAAAUGGGCCGCGGCGAGGGUGAGCGCGAGCACGAGGGCGACGACCUCUCCGCCGACGACUCCUCGUGGAGCGACGGCGAGUGGUCCGAGGACGACGACGAGGAGUCCCUGUCGUUCGAGGACAGCGGUUCCGACUCCGGCUCCGGCUCCGACGCCGAGUCCGACGAGGUGGUGGCAGAAGAGAGCGACUCGUCGGAGGAUGAGGUGGCGCCAAGGAACACCGUGGGGGACGUGCCUCUGGAGUGGUACAAGGACGAGGAGCACGUUGGGUACGACAUUGAGGGGAGGAAGAUCAAGAAGCGCGAUAGGGAGGGCCGGAUCGAAGCCUACCUUAGGAACGCGGAUGACAACAAGAAUUGGAGAAAGAUCUAUGAUGAGUAUAAUGAUGAGGAGGUUCAGAUUACAAAGGAAGAGGCUAAGAUAAUUAGCAGAUUGUUAAAGGGAAAGACUCCACAUGCCAAUGUUGAUCCAUAUCCAGAUUAUGUUGAUUGGUUUGAGUAUGAGGAUAAAGGCCAUCCGCUUUCUAGUGCUCCUGAGCCAAAGAGGCGAUUUGUGCCUUCAAAGUGGGAGCAGAAGAAGGUUGUUAAGCUUGUAAGAGCCAUUCGUAAUGGAUGGAUAAAGUUUGAUAAGCCAAAGGAGGAACCUAACUUAUAUCUAUUGUGGGGAGAUGAAACUGAUACAGCAGAUAAUAAGCGGCAAGGCUUGAGCUACAUUCCUGCUCCAAAACCUAAUUUACCAGGUCAUGAAGAGUCAUAUAAUCCUUCUGUUGAAUACAUUCCCACACAAGAGGAAAUAGAUUCAUACCAGCUUAUGUAUGAGGAGGAUCGUCCGAAGUUUAUUCCAAAACGAUUUGAGUCCCUUCGAAGUGUACCUGCAUAUGAGAAGGCACUGAGGGAAGGUUUUGAUCGAUGUCUAGAUCUGUAUCUAUGCCCUAGAACCCGCAAAAAGCGCAUAAAUAUUGAUCCUGAGUCACUCAAGCCCAAGUUACCAAGUAAAAAGGAUUUGAGGCCAUACCCAAAAACUUGUUACCUUGAGUUCAAGGGCCAUACGGGUCCUGUGAAAUCAAUUUCAGUUGAAAUGACUGGGCAGUGGCUUGCAUCUGGUUCUUCCGAUGGUACAAUUCGUGUUUGGGAGGUUGAAACUGGUCGCUGUCUUAAAGUUUGGAAUGUUGGAGGUGAUGUCCGUCAUAUUGCCUGGAAUCCUGCACCUGAUAGACCUAUUAUUGCUGCUAUUGUAGAACAUGACCUGCUACUUCUUAACGCUGGGGUGGGGAGUGAAGAAGUGCAAUUGAGGGCAAAAGAGCUCCUCCAGAUUGGUGAAAUGGCUCCUCAAGAUGAUACCGAUGGUAAGAAACCAGCUGUGAGGUGGAUGAAACAUGAAAAACUUGAUGGAAUCACCUUGAUUCAUCAGAAGGCUGUGUCAAAUGUGGACUGGCAUUUUAAGGGAGAUUACUUCACCACAGUUGUGCCAAGUGGUGAUACAAAAGCUGUAUUGUUGCAUCAGCUCUCAAAAAAGCACUCGCACCAUCCUUUCCGUAAACUGCCAGGCCUUCCUGUUGUGGCAACAUUCCAUCCAAGUCAGAAGAUGUUCUUUGUUGCUACUAAGAAGUUUGUUCAGGUUUAUGAUCUCCAAAAGGCUCAGUUGGUAAAGAAGCUGGAAUCAGGUCUCCGUGAGAUUUCCUCCAUCUCGAUCCAUCCUGGUGGUGAUAAUGUUAUUGUGGGAAGCAAAGAUGGCAAACUAUGCUGGUUUGAUACUGAUCUAUCAACGCGACCAUACAAGACUUUAAAGACCCACUCAAAGGAUAUUACCAGUGUUACGUUUCACAGAAAGUACCCUCUUUUUGCCUCAUCCUCAGAGGAUUGUACUGCUUAUGUAUGUCAUGGAAUGGUCUAUUCUGAUCUUAACCAGAACCCACUUAUUGUACCGUUGGAAAUUCUUCGUGGCCAUUCUAGUUCUGAUGGAAGAGGGGUUUUGGACUGCAAGUUCCAUCCAAAACAGCCUUGGUUGUUCACUUCUGGUGCUGACUCGGUGAUUAGACUAUACUGUGACUAACCAUUCCUGCAAGGAUGAUACAUGAUUUUGCCAGGCCAUAUGAGUGUAUAACGUGUAGGGUGUCGAUGGUCUCCGUAUGGUGACGAUAGCUUAUAUUCUGGUAUGAAGUCCCUACCAGAAGAGCGUGGAUAGUGUUGUGCUCGUGUGAAACCAUCAGUUUUGAUUGCAGUUUUGUUGCGGAUGAGUUGAGGGUGUUAUGUUUACGGCUGCUUUUGAAGACAGAAACAUUCAUGAGGGGUAGGGUGUUUUGAAGUCCAAACACAUGUACCUGUGUAACAUGAAUACAGAAAGAACACUCUGAACUAUCCCAAAUCAAUGUUAGUGGUAUGACAGCAUUUGAAGAUACGAAGACUCGGGCUUGACCUGUUCCAGAAGCCAGUUAGUUGCUGCCACACAGAUUUAGGGUGGGUUGUUUAUGUGAAAGCUGAAACUAGCAGAUGUUGAACUGGAGCUGAGUAAUUUGGUGACGCUGUAAUAUUGGUGUGUUGCUUUAAUUUGUAGUAACAUGAUCUUGGUAGCUGCUGCAGCUACAUAUUAAUCUAUGCUGCAUCAACUCUAGUAGCUAGUACCGAUCAAGUUUCCAGCAUGGCGCAAACGGUGACAGGAAAAGGGGUUUAUGUGCAUGUACAAAA